CGAUGUGUUCUGUGACUUCCAAUCUGCGAUGUUACCCAACACAUGACCAUCACCUUACCUACAUUUUAUCGCGAAUCUCGGUGCUGACGACUUGUGACGAGCUACUAGAAAUUUUACUAUAGUAGAAAGGUCUGUAAAACCUUCAAGAUUAGCGCUACGACACUACUUCGACGAUGAAUUCCCACGUCGAUGACUCCUCUGACACGGAAAAGCAGAUUGCGCAAGAGGAUAUUAACGUUGAUGCCGAAUUAGAGGCCGCAUGCGGUCUUCCUAAAGACGAUAAUCCGAAGGACUUUAGAGUGCAUGUGCAAUUCACAGCCCUAUGCUGGUGUAUGUUUCUCGCAGGAUGGAAUGACGGGACGACUGGACCUCUUCUGCCGAGAAUACAAGAGGUUUACGAUGUCAAUUACACCAUCGUAUCAUUGUUGUUCGUUCUAGCUUGCGUGGGAUUUCUCUCCGGUGCUUUCAUAAAUAUUCCUCUCACGGAAAAGUUAGGCUUCGGCAAGAUGAUUGUACUUGGGUCUAUGUUUCAGGUCGUCGCCUAUGCUCUCCAGUCUGCUGCCUUACCUUUCCCCGCGUUUCUCAUUGCAUAUACCAUCAAUGGCGUCGGCAUGGCCUUCCAAGACGCUCAAGCCAACGGUUACGUCGCAUGCUUUCAGAAGGAUCCUGAAACAAAGAUGGGUAUUCUGCAUGCGACGUAUGGCGUAGGCGCUCUAUGCUCCCCUCUUGUCGCAACACAGUUUGCAUAUUUUCCGCGAUGGUCAUUUCAUUAUUUAACAUCCCUCGGUGUUGCGUUGACGAACACAAUUUUACUAUGGGCUGUGUUUCGACUGAAAUCUCAGGACGAAUGUCUUGCGGAAAUAGGACAUCCUCCCGGGGAGAAGGGGAACAACGAGCAUAGUUCAUUUCGUCAGAUUCUCACCCUGAAAACCGUCCAUCUCUUGGCUUUUUUCAUCCUGGUGUAUGUCGGUGUGGAGGUGACCAUCGGAGGGUGGAUCGUCACCUACGUCAUAAAGUUGCGGAAUGGUGGUGAAUUCUCUGGGUACAUUUCGUCGGGCUUCUUUGGGGGGCUCACGCUCGGUCGUGUCGCACUGCUGUGGGUGAACAAGAAGGUCGGCGAACGACGAGUCUUAUUCGUAUACUCCUUUAUCGCUAUCGGGCUUGAACUAGUGGUAUGGUUGGUCCCGUCCCUUAUCGGAGGGGGAGUAACUAUCUCCCUCGUCGGCGUGGUGCUGGGACCCAUGUAUCCAAUCGUCAUGAACCACUCUAGCCGUAUCCUCCCUCCUUGGCUACUCACAGGGUCCAUCGGUUGGAUAGCAGGCUUUGGCCAAGCAGGAAGCGCACUCUUUCCUUUCAUUUCUGGUGCGUUGGCGAAUUCGGUUGGUGUCUCGAGUUUACAGCCCUUGCUGGUCGCUAUGAUGGGGUUCAUGAUAGUGCUAUGGGCGCUUGUGCCAAACAGUCGACUCCAAAGAUGACGCUUCAAUCUACUGCAGAUGCUGCUGAGGCUAUUUAGACACAUCCAGAGCUGUAUAGAAUAUAUAUGAAUCUACGAAGCACCUGUUGUAUAUAUUUUUGCGCAUUUCAUGUCGGCAAUGAGUGUGGGAACAACG